AUGAGUGUUGUUGUUGUGGAUGAUCUUCUAUUACUUUCCAUUCCUAAAGAUGUGGUUGAAAAGGAAUUAAAGCAUAGAGGACACUUUACAUCUAUUAGCAUUACUGGGGAAUUCGAUCAUUGGGGACAUACUGAUCCACAAUAUCAUUUGAGGUUUAAUGAUCAAGAGAAUGUUUAUAAUGUAGGCAUUCCACACAAAGAGGAGAACAGUUUACAGUUUAAAUUCAUUGUCGAUAAUGAUUUAUGGAUUACUUUCCCUUGUUUCUCAACAUGUAUGGAUUAUCAUGGCUAUUUUAAUAAUAUAAUAAACUCCAAAUAUAUCGUUCCAUCAAUGGCUGAAAGUGGAUCAAAUUCACAAGAAGAUACAUUAACAUUGAAUGAACGUUCGCAAGUUUUCGAAGGAAAAGAAGAAUAUACCGGGGAAGAGAGAGAAAUUCCCCAAAUAGAUUACAGUAAUAUUCUAAUAAAGGAAGGUGAUUACAUAAAUAUUUCAUCACAGAGUGAAUUAAGCAGCGCAGAUGAGAUAGAGGAUGAAGAAACUCUAUUAACAGGCAAUUUCAACGAUGAUUGCUGGUACGAAGAACCUCGGCAUUAUCUGUAUCCAAAGCCAGUUUAUAAUUCAAAACUUUCAAGACUCACAAAAAGUUUCAAAGAAUAUUGGUACAUGGAAUAA